ACGUACAACAAUUAUUAACAUUUUCUGGGGCCCUCAUGAGGCUGGGGAGUCAGUCAGUGGUGGAGAGGAGCUCCGGGAGCAGGCUCAACUUUCCCCGGGACACACUGCAGCUUCCCCGGCGUCAUGACUCUCUACCACGGCCGUCUGCCGUCUCUCGGAGUGCCAUCGUCGGCUCUGAGCCUCUCCGCCCCCCCGCUCAUCUACUUGUACGGAGGGGACAGUGGAGGGGUUGUGCCUGCCGCCCUGAGCUUCAUGCCGGCCCGCCAGGAGCCUCCACAGAAGCCGCCCUACAGCUACAUCGCGCUCAUCGCCAUGGCAAUCAAGAGCGCGCCGGAGCAGCGCGCAACGCUCAGCGGCAUCUACCAGUUCAUCAUGGACCGGUUCCCCUUUUAUCACGACAACAAGCAGGGCUGGCAGAACUCCAUCCGCCACAACCUCUCCCUGAACGACUGCUUCAUCAAGGUGCCCAGAGAGAAGGGCCGGCCCGGCAAAGGCAGCUACUGGACGCUGGAUACAAAGUGCCUGGAUAUGUUUGAGAACGGCAACUACCGUCGGAGGAAGAGGAAGGCGAAAGGCCAGCAGGAGGCUUUGGACUCCAAAGCUGGUGGUCACAAGCGCACUAAGGGUCAAGGACCCUCCAGGGACCCUCAAGCCUCUCUUAAAAAUCCGCCGGGCUCAGGGAUAGCAGAGGUGUCAGCGCGGCAGGAUGUGGAGAGGAUGGAGACCCAACCUGACGCAAAGGCGGUUCUUGUCGAGUUUAAUGAACAGUCGCAAAAUCCCCACAUUCAGGGGACUAAAGUGUCCCCGAACCAAGACACCACUGCGUCCACUGGUAGGAGGCUUGACGCCCCCCAGCCCGUGACAUGUCCCGCUCCGAGACACGCUGCGCUGUGGCUGGACGGAGCGCACGUUCCGGGCGCGCCCCUCCGCCGGGAGCCAGAGGAGAGGAGGUCUGCUUUCAGCGGGAGAGAAAAAGAGAGAGGUCCGCUCUGCGCCGUACCUUUCGCAGGAAACACAAACUUGUCUGCACUUGUGCAGGACAGGCCGAAAGGAAAUGUACCGAGCAGGGACAAGUCUAAAGGUUUUAGCAUCGAGAGCAUCUUAUCGAAAAGUGAAGACGAAAUGCGCAGCAGCAUCCUCGGUUUGUCGGCGGAGACAUGCGCAGAGCGCACAAGCCCCGUGUUGGGUUCUUCUGUGGUCCUCGGUGCUCGACCACAUCAGCUGUACCAGAUGGGAUUCCCCUUCUGCUCUUACCUGUCACUCACCUUCCCAGACAAAGUGCUGCAUUUUAAAUGAGUAGCCUACAAUCAUGAAUUUAGACUUUACGCAUGGAUACGUGCAAAUGUCAACUCUGUAAUUACAUUUUCACGACGAAUUACUUUGAGAAGUUUAUUAAUCUGCUUUUUUCAAGAUCUCUGUAAUGUUAAGACAAUGAUAAUCGGCAGCAAGGAGGCUUUUUCGUUCAUUUUUACGCAUGCGUAAUUGUCAGUGGUUAUUGUUUGUAGUUAUUAUUCCAUGGCUGCGCAAUUUAAUGCUUAAUACGUAGGCUUUAUUAGGAUAUUUCAUGUCAUGUGAAUAUUUAGGGAAAACUCAUAUACGCAGUGUUUCUCUCUUCAUUCAUGGUGACGGAGUAAAUAUGUUUUUCAGCAAUUCAUUAAAGAAUCUUGAAUGUCUG